AUGAAAGAAUUUGAUUCAUAAUUUUUGGAGAUAAUUAACAUUCUUAAAUCUUAAGUUAACUCUACUGCCUUUGGCAUAUAUAAUAGUCUUAUGGAAAAGGAAUCAAUGAAGGAAGAUAAAGAAUGCGCUGAAUUUUCUAAUAUCAAUGACUGA